CAACUCUAUGUGAUUCCAAAACUAACUCCUUUCUCACCUCACUCUACGAAACUACAAUCACUUCCAGUCACUAUAAAACCAGCACAUUCUGUCUGUAAGCAUCACUGCAACGAACAUAGCCGGAGAACCAAGCGAUCCGACAUGAGGACCUUUAUAUGUCUACUAGCACUGGCAGUUGCCACUUGCAAGGCCGGCUUCGAAGGAAGCUACUCAAGCCACGAGGGAGACAGCGGAAACUCAGGCGGUUCAUCAGGGUAUGACUUCUCAGCACCAAGCCACACCUCCGCCAACGUUGAGGCUCACGGCGGCCAAGGAGGUCACGGCAGCCAAGGGGGGCACGGUAACCAAGGUGGACAUGACUUCUCAGCUAUAAGCUCUGUUGGCUCUCAAGGCCAUGACUUCGGAGGUCAGCACAACUUUGGCGGAAACCAAGGACAUAACUUUGCCGGUGGUCAGCACAACUUCGGUGCUCAAGGGGGUCAUGACUUCAGCGGUGGUCAGCACUUCGGAGGCCAAGGUCAUUUCAUGCCUUUACUUCAACAUUUCCAAUUCCAAGGCCAUGAGACUCCCCAGGCUAGAGGAUUUGACAUCGGCGGCCACAACGAUAUCUCGUCUUUUGCUCCUUCCGGGCACGACUUCCAAGGAGACUCGUUCCUCCAAGCCGCUCAUGAUUUAGGCAUUCAAGAAUUCGGUGGUCAUAACCAAGGCAGCGCGGAAAGCCAGCACUCCGCAGAAGUGCAGGAAAACCAGGAUGAAGGACACGACCAGGGUCAGAAUCAGGGACAUGGACACCAGUUGGGCCAUCAAGAAUUUAUCCUGCAAGAUGGCGGUAAUGAGUUCGGACACGGCGAGCCCCAGAACUUGGUUGUUGAAGAUGGACAUGGCGGGCAUGACUUCGGCGGUCACGACCAGGCCAUUCCUGUUGGCGAGCACACAGACGUCGAACACCCUGUCCCUAUACCACAAUACAAGCAUGUGACCUAUCCUAUUCCUAAGACCGUCCAUGUGAGCGUACCCAAACCCAUUCUUGUCGGAGUACCUCAACCUUACCCCGUAAAGGUCCCAGUCCACAAGCCCGUAGCGGUUCCUGUUGAAACUGAAAUCUCUAUUCCCGUUGAAAAGGUCGUCCCUUACCCUGUUAUUAAACACAUACCUUACCCAGUUGAGAAGCAUGUCCCUAUUAAGGUUGAAAAGACCGUAACAGUCCAUGUACCUCAGCCUUACCCUGUCAAAAUCCCCGUCUAUAAGACCAUCCACCACCAUUCUAAAGGUCAUUAAAGACUGUGCGAUGGUUUGAGUAGUAAUGUAUGCCGUGCCUUGUAAAUAUUGUUAACUAAUUUUAAG